CUCUUUCCGCGAGAUGGAGUUGACCGUGGCGGAGGUCUCUGGCCUCAUUGCCGCUGGGGUUUUUAUUCUCCAGAUCUUGAUUCCUCUUGCUAUUCCCUGGGCUCUUAUUGCGUUUCUGACGAAUGAGCAUUCUAUUCUUACAUGGACUGUCCUCAGCCGGACACUGCAUUCAUCGCUCUGGCCGGGUAUUCUCAACUCGAGCAGCGCAGAGACAGCGGGCGUCCCAUGGCGGAUUUAUUUGACAUCUUGGGGCCAGACUAUUCUACUGUUUGUGCUAUCCGUCGCUGCCAUCUGCUCGCCGCUGGGGCUUUACUCGUCUAUUGAGCCCGCCGACUCAUUCACGGAGAAACCGUUCCAUUAUAUUCCCGAUAAAUCUGCGUUUGGAUAUGGAACGCCCUCGCGCAGUUCAGGGCCGUUUACGCGUUUUUGUGGGCUUGAAGUUCCGUGCCCGGGGACGACGCUCAAUCAGACAUGCCAGACGAAGGGACUGACGGAGGUUUGCAAUAAUACUGUAUACGAGAGCCGGAUUCCGCAGGAAUUAAUGACCAUCUAUAAUGACGGCGUUGCUUCCAUGAGUCCCACUAUUUCCAGUAUAUUUGAUAUCCAGUAUCGGAUGUACAGGAACUCGACGGACCCGUACAGCGUUCUGUCGUGGUACACGAAGCCAGACUACAGGACCAUGUCGACAAUCCUCCUCGAAGAUAAGAUAAAGCUGGUAGAAGGUCUAAUUACUGAUCUCCAGAAGGGGGGUAUUGGAUUUCGCAACCACACCGCGCCAAACGCGACGCUGAAGUAUGGGGCUACCUGGACCGAGGACAUCUUAUUUAUCGAGCCCGAGACAGAGUGUGUUUCGCUGAACCUGAGCAUAAACGCCCUCACGCCGCCGUGGAACUUCAACGAACGAUAUCUGCGGAAUGUAUCUCUCGUUGAUGAGGGGGGGUUCUCUGCCCUGCCCCGGACAGGACCUGAGAUGUCUCGGACGGGAACUGUCAAUGGACAGAGUGGAUUUGACCUGAGAGAACGUGCAUCCAGGGCUGCAUGGGUGAACAACUACUACACCAUGUUAUACUUGAACCUGACGGAUCGUGACUCGGACUCUCUUACCCGCGUUGACUCAAGCAAGGGCCAGAUAUUCGAGCUCGCGGAUGAUGCUAAGAGCAAUAACUUCACCAUCGCCUUCUCUGCCAUCCAGACCAACAUCAACUUCGGGUCGUAUCUCAACCUGACUACCAACCAUAGCCAAAGUUCCAACCCGUAUAAUGUUACUGCUACGGAUUUCGACACCGCCUCCGCGGCCUGUGGUGGCACAACCAGCCAGAGUCCAUCUAAUAUCAACAGCUCCCUAAUCGCCUGCGGCCUUGUUGUGGGAGCUGCGACGCGGAUUGAUGGAGGCGACGACCUGAUCCUAGACCCAGACACAAGAUGGAAGAUCCCACUAUAUUCCUGCGCAACAGCCAUGAAAGCAACUUUAAAAACCGUCGAGUUCCAAUACAACGGCACCGGGCUCGACGCACUCAAAGUACGAUCCCUAAAGCUAAAAACGUAUGAGGAUGGAAAUGAACCCGUCUGGGGCGUGGAAAAUAUACCACGGCGGAGCAUCGACACCGCGCCUCCUAUGUGGGGGAUCAUCGGUCCUAAUGCCACUGUUUCUCAGUCUACUCUCGAUGAAUAUAACAUCUCAUCAAUCAAGGCGGAAAGUCUUUAUCUGCCUGGGUACAUGGACCAGAAUUACCCCCUGCUCCGCGGUCUCAAUUCCGUACCUGUAGGGACUGGGCAGAACCUCCCUGGAGUUGAAUUCUAUAAUCAGGCGCUGAUGACAGCAUACACUAUAAAUGUCGCAGGAUUUAACCCGGAGGCAGACUACUCCGGCGCUCGCAGUCUCGCGCUGUAUGCCAAGUGGCAACGACUGUUGCAGUCCGCAGAUGGAGCUGCGUCCAUUAUCAAUCUUGUCUGGACAGACAUUGCGACCAAUGCAGUUGUUGGAACUAAGGGAUGGGGGUUGAAUGCUGCUGCAUCGAGAAUCUCCUCGUCGAUAUCUGACAGUAGCCCGGUGUCGUCGAAUACAAAUGUACCUGUUACUGUGUAUGGCAGCCAUAUCCGCUACGAAAUCCCCUAUGCAGUCCCGGCCUUUGUCACGCUAGCUGGUACUACAGCUCUCCUAUGUCUGCUUAUCGCAUUGUUGAUUAUGAGACGGACUAGGCUGAAGCGGCUACGUAUUUUUCUUGAGUUGACAACUAUUGGAAGGGUUCUCUCUCCGUUUAUCCAGCCGGACGAUGCGACAUCUGAAACCAGCUCUUUGAAAGGCUGGGUUAAGAGUGUUGGCCAGCAGAAGGUCAUGAUCACGCCUGACUCUAUCUCAAUAGAUUCUGUGCCUCUUGGUCAGAGACCUGGAUCCGAAGCGGAAGAUGAAGCAGAACAUUCGGAGGAAGAGGCUGCAGAACACUCAGAGGAAGAGGAAGCAACCAGGCCUCUCGCCUCCGCGAACACAUCAUAGUUUUAUAUAUCCAUUAAGUCAUUAAAGAUUAAAUACCAGCCCAAUGCCCUGUCUCAUGAAUCCUUUGUAC